CUACUAAUCAAAUGUUUUUCUUGUCUUUUAAUAUUUAGGCCUACCUCUUCGCUUGUAGUGGUCGAAGAAAAAUAAAUUAAAAAUAAAAUCCUAAAAUUGAUCAUUAUGCAUUGAAAGAUUCACUACAGCUAAUCAAAUUGAACACAUUUGCUUUUUUUAAGCAUUUGAGCAUCAUCGGCUUUCGAUGUUCAUUAGUCGUAUUAGCAAGUUUCCGGUACUAAAUAACAAUUUAAAGUUUCAAUGUAAGCUGAAAAUUUCAAAGUCGUGUAAAAAUACGCUAUCUUGGCGGAGUGGAUCAGAUCAACAAAAAAUACAAAGAGGGAAGAAACCCUUGGCAUCAGAAGUGUUAACAUGUCACUUGCGUCAGCGUAAUCUUCCUUACUGGACAUCCUUCUGUGUCUAUUAUCACGACGUUAUCAACGAUCAGUUUGGGGUAUCAUAUUUUAAUUGGAAGGUAAAAAGUUAAUUCCUUCAUUGAAUUUAAAUUAUUAAAUAGAAUGUGACCAUUCGGACCCGGGAUUCAGACCCCGAAAAGAUUGAGAGGUUGGGUUUAUUAAAAAAAUAUUUCAAAUAUUAUUGUUGGGUUUGUAAGACAAAAUUUGGUAUCAAAUAAAAGAUAAGUGGGUUAAAAAUGGGGACGCCUGCCACUUUUUUAUUGAAUUUCACGAAUGUAUCCCUAAAUCGAUCCCUCAACCUAACCUAAACCCUAAUUCACUGCAACUAUAAUAAACACACAAAAGACGCCAUGGCAGCCGUCCUCGGAUUUAGCCAAUAAUUGAAUGGAUUAGGCCUAUAAUAGUUUGUUGACUUCUUCAGUUUAACUUAAAUUUAAAUAAACCACCACAAAUGACAUCUGAAUUUUAGACUAAAGGGACUCGGGUCCGAACAGCGGCAAAUUGAUACCAAACUUUGUCUUAGUGUUUGUGUUGUCGGAAAUAUUUUAUAACUACUGUCUUUCAUCACUGAUAUUCAGUGAUAUUGUAAUAAUAGUAUGUACUGCCAUUAAAGAUUACAAUUUCCUUUCUUAACAUAUUCAUAAAUAUAAAAUGCAUGGCUAUUUUAACUAUUUAGAUAUUAUUUUUGAAGUAAUUUUUCUUUUUUGUCACCACUAUAUGGGUUCUUCAUACACAUGCAAAUUACUCAGUCCAAAAUCCAGACCCAUAGAAAGAUAGAGAUCAAAUAAUUGUUUUUAGUGCAGCCAUGUGUAAACAAUUUCUUUUUUAAGAGCUGCUGGGGAUAAUUGCCCAUAUUCCAUUUCAUUUUGAUUCUUGCAAUAAAUGUUAAGUGUGAAUUAUAUCUUUCAUUAAUAAUUUCAGGUUGAUGGCAAAAAUUAUCAAAUCCUGAGAACAGGUUGCUUUCCUUUCAUCAAAUAUCAUUGUUCAAGUAGGGCUUACUCCGAUCUUGAGGUGGAGAAUGCUUUUUACACAUUUCUCAAAUGCUUGAAUCUCGGUAUUAUAAUUUUUAAUUUUGUUGCUAUAAAAAAUGUAAUGGCUAUAUAAUAUAUAAAUAUUGAGUUGUCUAAAUUGUGCAGUGUAGUGUUUUAUUGCUUAUAUAUUUCAUUCUUCCAUUUGUAGGUAUUCCAACACUUGCUUAUGGCAUAGUCUCCUGGUUCAUGGUAAAGUAUUCAGAGGAUGUUGUGAUGAUUGAUGGAACCACUGUAAAAGUCUACUUUCUUAACAAGGAAACGCCAGAUGCAAUGUACUGAUUUUGAAAGGUUCAAAUAUUCUGAGCAGGAAGGUUUUGUUCAUUUAAAAAAUUUUAUCAUUAAACAUUAAUUGUUCCGUUGUGCUAUUUAUUCUUGAACUGUUUAGAAAUGGCUCCCCAAACUUAUGAGCUUAGUUUUGCAUUAAGUGUUACAGUUAUAUUUAUAUGCAUUGUUUUGUUUAUUCUUGCCAUCAAUCUUUUUGUAACUAUUCUGAGAUUUCUGUUCAAGAAGAUUGCCAGCCUAUUUUCAAAAGAUAAUUCAAGUGGUAAGGGUGAUUCAAUAGAACCAGAAGUAGAGGCAAAGAGUUCUUUAGAUCAAGAAAAAAGUGUACAAAAUAAAAUACAACCUGUUGAUAAAAGUGAUGCCCCUGAACCCAAACAAGGCAACAAAAAUGUCUCUAAAAGAAAAGGAACUGCUAAGACAAAAUCCUAACUUCAAUUUUUUAUUCAAUAUCCUUUCCAUAAUGCAAGUUAAUAUUAAUAUAUAUUUUUAAUUUUUAGAUAAAAUAUGUGC